AUGAGCAAACUAGACGACCUGCUGUCCAAAAAGAAGACGGUGGUGCCCGUCCUGGACCUCAGUCGCAGCAAUAUCCAGACCGUCGAGGAGUUCAAGCGGCUGCUGGAGAAGGUGCCCGACUACAAGAUGCGACCGGUGAAGGUGCGCGCCGAGGAGAUAAAGAUCCGCGAGAAGGACUACGCCUUCAAGAUGCCCAAGAAGGAGAUGCGUAAGCUGCUGAGGGCCAACGGAGAGCGCGAGGCGAUGUACACCUAUGCGGAUCCGGUGCCCAGUGAGAUGAAGGAUGUGGUGCUGAUGGAGCUGUGUGCGGUGCCCAUCGACUGGAAGAUGCUAACCACGCUGCGGCCCAAGAACAAACAGGAGGAGGAGUACUUCAGCCGCAUGGUGGAGAUGGGAAAGUUGGAGCUGAAAACCGAGGCACGCGAUCGCCGGGAGUUUGCCCUCAACAAUUGUGUCAAGAAAAUCAAGAAUAAGUCCGGAAUUGUGGAAACUCGACUGAUGACCUGCGAGUCCUGCGGCGAGGAAAUGUGUUGUGGCAAGACUUGCGGCGACUUCAACUACGAUCUGUACAUUCGGGUUGAGGCCAGGGUAGUGAAGCCCAAACCGGCCGUUUUGUCCUCCAACAAGGCCAAAUUAAAUGGCCGCAAAAAGUCAUCGGUGGGCGGAACCAAGAUCAAGGUCAAAAAGUCCUCAAACAAACCCAGCUAA